UCAUGUGUGAAGUAUCUGCUCCACACUGCUCGUGUUCCGUAGUACAGACUCUAAUUUCCUUGGUAAAAUACCAGAUAGAACAAAUACGCUGCUAAAGUCUUUGAGAUCGUUUGCCUCUAGUACAAGACGAGGGUUUUAAGUCUAAUGCUGAUACUCUAGUGAGAAGAGAGUUGUUCUUUCAAUUGACUGUUUAGGUGAAGUAGAUAAAACGCUGCUAAUAGGUACUCGCAGAUUUUAUCCUCUAAAUACUCAUGUGUUGAAGCUGUCCAGGUGGACUGGAAGGCUGGAGACCCUCAAGAUUCCACAACUGAGCAGAAGCCAGGGCUUAAAAAAAGACAGAUGGGUUGUGUAAGUCCUCUGUCGGGAGGUCAAGGCGCCACGUCCAGCCAGCUCUGCUAUGCAGCUCAGGAGACUGCCCCUGAUUCUACCUGUCCUCGCUCAGCAGAGUUCCGUGCUCCUACCCGCCACCUGUACAGUAAGCCAUGCAGUCGCAGUAUCACUGAAUUUUCUCUGGAAUGAGGUUUUAUUUGCUUGGAAGCACCAGGCGUGAAUUCUGACCACCCGCUCCUACCAGGCAGCUGAAGGGCAGGUUUCGGCGAUCCUCAGUAACAAAUCUGGCCAAGGGGGUGCGCGUGCAGUACAGUUAUUUAACACAUCCACGCUUGACUGUCGUUGUCAGCCCGAUUUCCUCGAACCAGAGUGUUCUCUCACUGUUCACAAAGCAUGCCUCGCAGCGCAGGCCGGAGUCCCAGCGCAGGGCCGGUGGGGAGUGCAUACUGGUGACUUCAGCACUCUUUUUCCCUUCCAGCUGAGCCUGGAAAACCUUAGCCAAAAGACGGCAAACCACAGGGAAGUGGAAACGUGUGAUGACUGAGUUUGCCCUAAAAGAAAUCAUGUCAUCAGGAGGAGCUGAAGAUGAUAUUCCUCAAGCAGAGAGGAAAACAGUGACAGACUUUUGCUACUUAUUGGAUAAAUCUAAACAGCUAUUCAAUGGCCUAAGGGAUUUACCUCAAUAUGGGCAAAAGCAGUGGCAGUCCUAUUUUGGGCGAACAUUUGACGUUUACACCAAACUCUGGAAGUUUCAACAGCAACAUCGACAAGUAUUGGACAAUCGGUAUGGGUUGAAGCGGUGGCAAAUUGGGGAAAUUGCUUCCAAGAUUGGGCAGCUCUAUUACCAUUAUUACUUGCGCACUUCAGAAACCAGCUAUCUGAAUGAAGCUUUCUCCUUCUAUUCAGCAAUUAGGCAGAGGUCAUACUACUCCCAAGUCAACAAAGAAGACAGGCCUGAAUUAGUCGUUAAGAAGCUGCGUUACUAUGCAAGGUUUAUAGUGGUUUGUCUCUUGCUCAACAAAAUGGAUGUUGUAAAGGACCUGGUAAAGGAGCUGUCAGAUGAGAUUGAAGACUACACUCAUCGUUUUAAUACUGAAGAUCAGGUGGAGUGGAACCUGGUUCUUCAGGAAGUGGCAGCAUUUAUUGAGGCAGACCCUGUCAUGGUUUUAAAUGAUGACAACACCAUUGUAAUCACCUCUAACAGGCUUUCUGAAACAGGAGCUCCGUUGCUAGAGCAAGGAAUGAUAGUGGGACAGCUUGCUCUUGCAGAUGCGCUGAUUAUUGGGAACUGCAACAACCAGGUCAAGUUCAGUGAAUUAACAAUUGAUAUGUUCCGAAUGCUACAAGCACUUGAAAGGGAACCAAUGAAUUUAGCAUCACAAAUGAACAAACCUGGAAUGCAGGAAUCAACAGAGAAACCAGCCAGGCGGGAAAACCCCCAUAAAUAUCUACUUUAUAAACCCACUUUUAGCCAGCUGUAUACAUUCUUAGCAGCAUCAUUUAAGGAGCUGCCUGCAAACAGUGUACUGCUGAUUUACUUGUCUGCCACGGGCGUGUUUCCAUCAGGUCGUUCGGAUAGUGAAGGUCCGUAUGAUUUUGGUGGUGUUCUGACAAAUAGUAACCGGGACAUUAUAAAUGGGGACGCUAUCCACAAGCGAAACCAAUCUUACAAGGAGAUGCACUGUCUUCACCCUGGAGAUCUCUACCCUUUCACAAGAAAGCCCCUGUUUAUCAUCGUGGACUCUUCAAACAGUGUCGCCUAUAAGAAUUUCACAAACUUAUUUGGACAACCAUUGGUGUGCUUGCUUUCUCCAACAGCAUAUCCAAAAGCGUUACAAGAUCAGUCUCAGCGGGGUAGCCUCUUCACACUCUUUCUGAACAAUCCUUUAAUGGCAUUCCUGUUUGUCUCUGGAUUAUCAAGCAUGCGCAGAGGAUUGUGGGAGAAGUGUCAAGAUUACCUUAGAAAAAUCAACCGAGAUAUUGCCCAGCUGCUGACCCACUCCCGAUCCAUAGAUCAGUCCUUUCUUCAAUUUUUUGGGGAUGAAUUUCUUCGCUUGCUUCUAACAAGAUUUAUCUUCUGUUCGGCUACUAUGAGGAUGCACAAAAUUUUCCGGCAGGAGACUCGAAAUUAUCCCGAAUCUUAUCCUCAGCUGCCAAGAGAUGAGACGGUGGAGAACCCUCACCUCCAAAAGCACAUUUUGGAGCUGGCUUCCAUACUGGAUGUCAGGAAUGUUUUCCUGGAAAACACCCUCGAUGACUAUUAAAAGAAACUGUCUUACUGCAAAGGGGUUUCCCUGGCCACAGAUUUUGAAUGGUGCAGUUUUAUAAUGUGAAAAUCAUAAAAGGAAGUACUUGAUUUUAUUUUUAAAUUUAGGACCAUUAUUUUAAAAAGUAAUAAUAAACAGCUGUUAGUUUAGCUGUUCCAUUCUGUAUGGGGUCAAUUUUAUAAGCAGAAGUUUUCGUGUCUUUUAAAUGUUAAACUAAAGAAUCACGAGAGGUUUAUUUCUGGUCUUGUGGCUGUCAACCACAUUUCCAACAGCUGAUCCUAAGCAUAGAAGUAUUAUUGGUUACCUUUAGCCCACAUUUGUGGAAAUCCUUUAUUUUUAUACAAUUUUAAGAAAUUGGAAAAAAAAAAAUCAAUAGAAAACCAAUAUUUUAUCCCCAAAGAGUCUGGAUUUGAAAUGGUAAAGAUGGAACCACACAGUGCAAACCAACAAUAAGCAAUAAAACAGAGUCCUUCAUAACAAAUAUAUUUUUUCAGUCUUAGGCAAGUAAGUAGACAAAACUGUGGACAGUUAAGUUGCAUUUGGAGCAGUGGGUUUGAAGUGAAGUUGUAAAGAUACUUAAUGCUCCUUACAAAUUUGACACAGCAAUUUUAUAUAUAAAACUUUGUACUGCUGGCCAAGGAGACGAUUUCCACUCAGCUUGAUUGGGUAGAUGGUUAGCAGAUUACCAAAUUACCAAACUAAGAAAACUAGCCCCCAUCUCUCACUGUAAUGUGGGUCAUCUUGCUGUUCGUACUGCUGCCACGAUUUUCCAGGAGGAGGGGGCAUUCUUCAUUUUGAGGUACUAGACAGAAACUCUUUACGUUUCCUGCAGGUGCCACCCCUCCUUUCCGUGUGUGGAUGGAAUGUGUGGCUCCCAGUGUACCAGUCCCUGACAGGAGCUGAGAGACCGGCCCCUGUAGUGCCGAGCAUGAGCCCCUCCUGUCACUCACUUACCUGACCCGUCUGUGCUGCAUCCCUGUGCCCGAGGAGAGAUGCUGAUGCUCCUCUUGCAGGUUCAACAAAGUGGGUGCUGCUGUAAAGCCCCGUUACCAUUUUGCACACCCUCCAUCCCGUCCCAGUCCCGUCUUUGAACUGGUGAAGCCGAGGGGCUGUAUGACGUGGGGCAGCACAGCGGGCUCCCGCACUCCGGGGUGCGGCCUCUGCCCAGGCCCGUGCUGGAGAAGGUGCCGCUGGGGAAGGCACCUGCCGACUCGCCUGGGCUGUCCUGCCGGCCUUGCGGAGCUGGAGGAACUCUUGCAACUCCUGACAGUGAAGGUGGGAGCAAGAAGGAAACGAAAAUAUUUUAAACUGUUAAAUGAAAAGGUCCGUUGUCUCUGUUCCAUGGGCUGCUAGACAAGAAGGGAAAGGACAAGUCUGAUCGGCACUUUGAUGUUGAACCCCGGCCACGCCUCUGUUUUAGGUGACAAAAGUGCAGAACUCGGUGACUCCCGCGGUGUCGCGGCAGGCCCGUGUGAGUGCCACCGUGGGAGGUGUGCUCUAGGCAGCGGGGGGGCAGCACGGACAGAGCCCCGUCAGCUGAGGAGAGCAGGACGGAACAGCGAGAAUCGCUGGGGUGUAGCCGGGAAGUUUGCAUGAAGGUUCUCUGGAGCUGGGCUGAGGUUUACACCAUCCAUUCUUUCAUUUCCCAAGUGUAAAAACAAAACAAAACAAAAAACUCUGUGAAUGCUAGUGUUUGUUCUAAGCAGUCUUGAAGCUGGUCUGUUGAGCCCCCACCACUUGGUGCUGCUCUUCUUUGGACUGUGGCAGGACUUCGUUACCUGGGACGUGGAGUUUAUUUUGAAGAGUGUGUGUUUGUGUGUGUGCAUGUGUAUUCUAGGCGUCUGUGUGUAUAUGUACAAUACGCAUACAUCUACUGGCUGGUGUAAAUUGUAAAUAUGUAUAUAUGUAUAGGUACUUGUAUAUGUAUUAAAAAAGAAUGAAACAGUGCAAUGUCUAUAUACAAAAUUUAUAUAUACACACAUACGCCAAUUUAGGGGCAUUCCACAAGGUGUUGCAGAUCAUUAGUGGUUGUAGUAAAGGUUAUGGCUCUUCUGCCACUGUAACGUGCUGUUUCCAGGGACUCACACUGGGACCUUGAGGUAAUUCAUUAACUGACUGCAGGUACAGGAGGCGUUAGCUAGCAAGGGGAAUGAGUACUCCUGUAUGUGUUACAGUGGUAGGAUUUAUGUGUUCUUAACUGUGAAGCUGAUGACCUGCCUUUUGUUCUGGUAGGAGGUGCCCGGUUAUUAAAACACGGGAUUGUACGUAGAAGCUGAAGAUACAGAAAGCCUUUCGUGCAGCAGCAAGGGAGAGGUGGGUUCUCUCUCGCCCUGCCUGCUGCUCCUCCACCAGCAGCGUUCAACUUGCAUGGAAAAGGGGAAUUUAGUUUUCCAACCAAAUGCUUUCGUUUUGCUGUAGCUCUUUUGCUUUGCUGAAGCUGUUCUCAUUUUGGUUCUGUCUAUCUGGAAAAGAGUAUGCUAUUUCUGAGCACAGGAGCGUGGGCUGGUGAACCUCUGUGGGAUGUUGCUUGUUGACUGACUGGGAAAGCGUUGGUGGACCCAGCCCUUGCUUGUGAUCUGAGGGGCUUCUAGUCCACUUUGCAGCCCUAAGAGGAGGUUCUGUUGCUUGUUACUAAGCUUGAUCUAAUCAGAGGAGAACACACUUUUCAAAAAAACAAAACAAAACAAAAACCCCGAAGAAGCUAGAAUGUGGGAGAAUAUAAGGCCUUGAAAAUUAGUUCAGAAGUUGAACGUGUGGUGACUGUCCAAGUCAAAAAUUCAUUUUUGAGGUCCCUCAUUCUCACCUACUGAGCUUUUGUGCAGGAGGUACGCUGCUGGCAGGGACUGUCAAAGAUAAAGAUUUCACUCCUGUUGUGUCAGUAGGAGUACGGAAUUGUACUUGCUAAGCAAAAGGCCAAUUCCCUCCGUCUGCUCUCGCUGUAGAUAGGAUGAGGUCUUGGAUCUUGAGCCAGCCCCCUCCCUUCCCACCUAAAGCAAGUGCAUUCAAGAUGAAAAUAUUGAUAUUUUCCCCUCCAAGUAAAAGCUUGUCUUGUUUGAACUUACUAAGUCAUUCUAAACUUGUGCUACUGUGUGCUGUGUGCUAUGGUCGUAGGUACCUUCUCAAUGUAUGCUUGUAUGUACUGAAGAAAAACCUGGUUAAUGUAUCUAGCAGUCCUCAAGUGUGGAAGGAGAGCAAAGACUGAAUCAUUUUUAGUGAGAAGAGAACAAAUGCUUUUCUUCUCAGGCCUGCUGCCUUUCCUCUUGUCUCGCUCUCCCCUUCUCCAUAUAUCUUUACUGUUUGUGUUAGCGGGGUAGACUUGCCACCACCAGGCAAUACUGAAUUAAAGGGGUAAAUUCUGUAGGAGCUGGGGUGAACGUGUCCUCGCUGGAUGACUUCUGCCCCGCUCCCCACCUCCUGCACGCGGGGGGGGUGAAUCCUGCUCCCCCAGCAGGCACCUGUUUGUGCUCCUGCUCCAACUGGCUGCACGACAUCCAGCCAAGUUACUGCUGUCGCCUUUUGUUCUUUCCCCUUUGACUUCUCAAAAUAACGAUGGGGGAGUACAGGGUUAUGGGUCCUUAAUGCUCUGGGGUUUAAUUACUCUUGGGAUGCAAUGUGUCAUUUUGCUUCAUGCACAAGCUAAACUUCUCCAAGCUGUGCAAACCAGAUUUGCUCCCUGGAGUGGUUUCGUGAGAAGUGUCAGGACGGUUUGUUUGUGAAGUUCAUCAGAAUAAUAUCUGUCAAGUCAGGACUUACUAAACCCCUCCAGACUCUUCCCCAGGGAGACGUGCAGCAAUGUCCUUUAAGGCUCAGAGGAAAUAGAGGAGGGGAAAUUGGGUUUCAAAUAAUCAUCUUCAAAAGCUACAACUUCAGUAGCUCUGGUCAGGCUUUUCCUCUAAGGAGGGGAUGAAAGUUCUGCUCCACGAUCCAUCCCUGGGUGCUGUUGUGAAGUUCCUCCCCUGCCCCGCCGCCGCCUUGUGCUGUGACUCCAUGCUGUGCUUCAAGUCUGCUUUUUCCUGGAAGCUAAAGAGCUUGGAAUCUGUCUGAACAAUUUUUUUUUUUUUUUUUUUGUCUUGAGGCUUUUGUAAAAGUUUUAUCUGUGUUAGGUUCUUCAGUAACUGUUCUGACUACAGCUCACCAGUGGUAGCAGUGGCAGAGCCCGUCCCACGUUAAGCAGCUGCUGGGUGUCGGGAGCUGGCGGCAGCUGCUGCUGCUCCUGGGCCCGAGGCAGCUCUGCAGACACUAGACAGCAAGAGGAAUCUUAUAGAAAGGGAAAAAAAUCUGUUCUACAGAGCUGAAAACUGCUCUGUGCCAGUCGGUAACAUUUAGACUGGGGGCAGCCAGCCACCGUGUGAGGGACACUGGCGCAGAGGACAGGGGCGAAGAUCUCCAGAGCAGAGAUUGUACAUUCCUGAGGUGGCUCUCGUGCAGUUUUACUGCUUCUGACUUUUAGAGCAAUACUGUUUCUGUGACCAAAUGUAUCGCAAGUGCUUUGAAGAUCUGGAUGU